AUGGUGCAGACUGAAUGCGCGAGCCAGAGCGCAAAAUCCCCCCGAUCCAUGCUGAAACUGGGCUCCCCAGCCGGUAAAACAGAGACGACGAUAUCUCAAACUCCAGUGAAUGGAGCCGCGAUGGUCUUUGACAUUGCGCCGGAGACGGCUUUACAUCGGCUAUGCGACAAUGUCGAGAAGUUGAAUAGCUAUUUCGCGACGAAUCCCGGCGGCACAGACCCGAACUCAUUCGUCUCCACACCCGUGGAGGGCGAAAUACCAGGGGAUGAAGGGUCAUCCGUUGUAGCAGUGGGCCUACACUGCGGAGAUGUGGAGGACCCGGCUGUUCGGACCCGCGAAGAAGCCUUCCAACUAGCACUGCUCGCCAGGAAGUUCCUAUCAAAGAAGAUCCCUCCGAUCUCGAUACGAGACUACGUGCUGCGACUGCAUCGGUAUUGUCCCAUGUCUACAGCCGUGUUACUCGCUGCAAGCCAUUAUAUCACAAGAAUGACGCUUUCAGAGAAAGUCCUUCGCGUCACACCGAAGAACAUGCACCGGCUUGUCCUCGCGGGCCUUCUCGUGGCUACGAAAGCUCUGGAAGAUCUGAGCUAUCCACAUGGCCGAGUUGCUAAAGUGGGCGGAGUCAGUGAACAUGAGCUGUCCAAACUGGAGAUCAGCUUUUGCUUUUUGGCCAACUUUGAAUUGCGCGUGGAUGCGCAGAUGAUGAUGGACGAGAUCACAUUUCACAAGAUCACAAAAGAAGGCACAGUUAUAUAA